GGCCAUCGAUUUUUUUCAAUCAUCCCUCUCUUCCAUCUUCCAACGCUCGACGCCCGGGAAAAGACCAAAAAAAAAAAGAUGGAAGACGUUUUCGACGGCGCAAUUGGCAUCGAUCUCGGCACAACAUACUCGUGUGUGGGUGUCUGGCAAAACGAUCGGGUAGAAAUCAUUGCCAACGAUCAGGGUAAUCGCACAACACCAUCAUAUGUCGCCUUCUCUGCUGAGGAACGUCUCAUCGGCGACGCGGCAAAGAAUCAGGCUGCAAUGAACCCUCGUAACACCGUGUUCGAUGCUAAGCGUCUUAUUGGUCGUCGUUAUGACGAUCCAGAUGUCAAAAAGGAUAUGGCCCAUUGGCCAUUUGAGGUCGUUGAAAAAGAGGGUUCUCCUCUGAUCAAGGUCAACUACCUUGGAGAGGAAAAGACUUUCACACCCCAAGAAAUUUCUUCCAUGGUCCUUACCAAAAUGAAGGAAAUCUCCGAGGCGAAACUUGGCAAGAUCGUCAAGAAGGCCGUUAUCACUGUCCCUGCGUACUUCAAUGAUUCGCAGCGUUUGGCCACCAAGGAUGCUGGUGCCAUCGCGGGCCUUGAUGUUCUCCGUAUCAUUAAUGAACCCACCGCUGCUGCUAUUGCAUACGGUCUCGACCGUCAGUCAAAAUCCGAAAAGAACGUCCUUAUUUUUGACCUUGGUGGAGGAACCUUUGAUGUUUCCCUCCUCAAUAUCAGCGGUGGUGUAUUUGCCGUGAAGGCAACUGCCGGUGACACCCAUCUUGGUGGUGAAGACUUCGACAACGCACUUCUAGAACACUUCAAGAACGAGUUCAAGAGGAAGCAAAAGCUCGAUAUCUCUGAGGAUCCUCGUGCCCUGAGACGGCUGAGAAGCGCCUGCGAACGUGCCAAGCGCACUCUCUCCAGUGUUACCCAAACGACCAUCGAGGUUGACUCACUUUUCCAGGGUGUUGACUUCUCAGCUAAUAUCACUCGGGCUCGCUUUGAGGAAAUCAACGCUGCACUGUUCAAGUCAACUCUUGAGCCUGUCGAGAAGGUGCUGAAAGAUUCCAAAAUACCCCGCGAAAGGGUCGAUGACAUUGUGCUUGUUGGUGCCCUUGUUUCUGAAUACUUCGGUGGCCGCCAACUGAACAAGUCAAUCAAUCCUGACGAAGCUGCCGCCGUCCUAACUGGUCAGACUUCGGAGAAAACUCAGGAUCUUCUUCUCCUCGACGUCGCUCCCCUUUCUCUCGGAGUUGCCAUGCAGGGCGACGUCUUUGGGGUGGUCGUUCCUCGUAAUACCCCCAUCCCAACCAGCAAGUCCCGGGUGUUCACCACAGUCGAGGACAACCAAACUACAGUUACCUUCCCUGUGUACGAGGGCGAGCGGACGCAAUGUCGCGAUAAUCGGUUGCUUGGUGAAUUCGAACUCACUGGCAUCCCACCGAUGCCUCGUGGUCAAGCCGAGCUUGUCACUACCUUUGAGGUUGAUGCCAACGGUCUACUAAAGGUAUCUGCUCAAGAUCGCGCUUCGGGUCGUAAAGCCUCGAUUAGCAUCACCAACUCUGUUGGACGUCUAUCGACGGCCGAGAUUGACCAGAUGAUCAAGGACGCUGAGCAGUUCAAGCAGGCAGACAAGGAAUUCCAGUCCCGGCAUGAGGCCAAAUCUGACCUUGAGGCAUAUAUCCACCAAGUCGAGGGGACCAUCACCUCCCCAGAGAUUGGCAUGAAACUCAAGCGUGGCGCCAAGCAACAGGUCGAGGCUGAACUGGCCCGCGCUCUUGAGAAGCUCGAGAUUGAAGAUUCGACCGCCGAUGAGCUUAGGAAAGCUCAACUUGGCGUCAAGCGUGCAUUGCAGAAGGCGACCGCUGGUAUUCGGUGAUGUCACAUCAUUUACGCGCGAAAAGUACACCGCAGUAACUUGAAUCAACU